AUAUGCUACAAAUGAUUCGUAUAUUCUUGUACCCUAUUAUCUCGACCCAACUGUAUUAGCUCAUACUCUGGUUAUAAACAGAAAUACUGGCGCUUUUGUACUUGGCGAUCGCGAAUCAUUGAUCCCAAAUCUUAACGCCGAAGCUCUGACAAUAUAUGGUGUUUUUGGUGUUAUAAAAUUAUUAUCUGGCGAAUAUCUUAUCGUGAUCACUGGCCGAGAACGUAUCGGAAGGUUGG